AUGGCCUCAAAGAAAACCAGAAGAAAAAGUACAAUCACAACUGUUAGUCUGAAAGAAUCUGAUAGCUAUUUCCAAAACUGCCAAGAUCACAGUGGAAGUAAACUCUAUUUUUUCUGUCGCCCGUGCGAAAUUGCAGUAUGCCAUAAAUGUACGAACGAAGCACAUCUUAAUCAUGACAUCGAAAAUGUCAUGGAGAACUGUAUGAGAAUACGAGAGCGCAUUUCUGGUGACACAAAAUGUUUGGAAGAAGUGAUUCAACCGGAGUAUAGAAAAGUAGAAACACAGAUACAGACGAAUGUUCUAAAGCUGACCAGUGGGUAUGAACAGGCCAGAAAGGCAGUGGUCUUAAACGGGGAAAUUUGGCAUAAAGCAGUGGACGAUGCCGUGAAGAAAUGUCUGGAUAAAAUAGACAUUAUGGAAAAAGAAGAUUUUGCAAACCUUCGCGAACAGAGGAAAAUGAUAGCUAAUUUGAUUGCUCAAAUUCAAACACUGAUUGAUAAAAAUAGGAAACUUCUCGAGGAUAAUGAUAUUCCAGAAAUAAGCAUGUAUAAAUCAAAAAAUGAAGAAUAUUUGAAUAUUCCGACAGUCACUAGUAUAAUUGCACCUGUCUUUAAAUACAACGAAACGGAAAAUGUACAGAUCCCAGAAAGAUUUGGUGCACUAAAAGCUUCGAUGAUGAAGAAGUCUAGAGAAUAUGUUAUCAAUAUAUCAACAGUGACACCUAAAGAGAAACAGACGGUGCUAGAUAACCCUCUUGUUAUUCGCAAGGUGAGCACUAAGUUUGACAAGUGCUGGAGUGUGCAGUGCGUGAAAGACCAACAAGCGUGGAUAAGCGGAGAUGUGGAAACUGUGGCUAAAGUGGAUAUACAGGGAAAUAUGUUGGAGAAAGUUUCCACAAGGUCCAAACAAGCACCAUUUGAUUUGUCAAUGACGUCAAAAGGAGAUCUAGUUUACACUGAUUAUGGAGAAAAAACUGUCAACAUAAUGAAGAAAGGAAGAUUCGAACCCUACAUUAAAUUACAGGGAUGGAAUCCACUAGGAAUAUGCUCGACAGAAUCUGGUGAAAUUUUGCUAUGCAUGGACAACCGUAAUGAUGUACCAAAACAAAGAGGUCAAAAGGUCAAGGUCGUUCGCUACGUCAAUAAUUCUCCAACGCAAGAGAUUCAGUACGACGAUGGGGGAUUUCCUCUGUACAUGCCUGGUGAUUUUGAUGUUUACAUCGCCGUUAACACUAAUCAAGACGUAUGUGUAUCAGACCGAAACGCCAAGGCAGUAGUUACAACCGACAAUGCGGGCCGAUUUCGAUGGCGUUACUAUGGGAACAUACCAUCAAGGUUAUGUCCAUAUUUUGACCCUAGAAGUAUAGCUACCGAUUCAAACGGUCGAAUACUUGUGUCAGAUGCUGACAGUAACUUUAUCCACUUAUUAGACGACGGAGGCCAUUUUCUAAAACUGAUAGGGAAAGGGUUUCUAGAGAAACCAGUGGGUAUAAGUUUAAAUUCAGACGGUAACCUCUUUGUUGUGGAGUACCAUACAGCUAAGUUGAAAGUAAUAAAAUAUCUCAGAUAGCUUCUUUGUUUCAUCAAUAAAACAACAGACAAUCCACAAAAGCCAGAAG